UCCAAAACCAGCUCCGCCAUAUUUUGCUAUUUUAUUUUCGAAAAGAAACUGAAAAAACUCAACAAACUCUCUCUGUCUAUGUCUAUCUAUCUGAUUUCAAAACCUAACAAAUUUCUAAACCAACUUUCAUUUCAUUUUUUCAGAAUCAACCCAUAAUUCUCCAACCAAAUCCAAUUCAUUUCCCUUCAAUUUCCUCUCGUUUUCUCCACCGCCACCACCAUCAUCUGAUUCUUCCCAAGGUCAGAUUAUCGUUUUCUUAAUCUAUUUUUCAGUUUUCUUUGUGUUUAAAUCAACCCAGUUCUUGAUUUUGCAUAAAAAUCUAUCUUUUUAAUCAAUUUCAAUUAUUUCUAGAUAGCUAGGUCAAGAUUAUUUAAUUAUCUUGAUCUAUCAAGAACACCCAUUUCUUGAAAAUUGGUUAAAAUUUCUGGGUAAGGUCGUAUUCGUAUAGUUUUUUUAUUUUGUGAAUUGGGUUGAUGGCAGAAUUUGAAAAAAGCAUGGAUUUUAAUGGAAAAUCAAAACCUAGCUCUAUGGCCUCCUCUUUUUUGAACCGUUCUCUCACAAUUCAUUCAACAAAAUCAUCCCCUAAAGAUUAUGUUCAAUCCCCUUCAAGAUUCUUUAAUUCCUUGGAGUCUAUGAAAGGCAAGGUUAAAAAGCUUUGUCAUAUCUUUGAACCGUUAAAAGCCCCGAAAUCGAUCCUUAAUGAGUCAUUGAUAGCUCAGGCUAACAAGCUUAAGUCUGUGAAAUCAAUGGGGCCUGAAUAUAAUAGGUUUAACUAUGGAUUCAGCAAUUGCGGAAUUCGGUUACCGGGAACUGAGGAUAAAAUCGUCGUUUAUUUAACGAGCUUGCGUGGUGUUCGUAGGACUUAUGAGGAUUGUUAUGCGGUUAGAAUGAUAUUUAGAGGUUUUAGGGUGUGGAUUGAUGAAAGAGAUAUAUCUAUGGAUUCUGCUUAUAAGAAGGAAUUGCAAAAUGUGUUGGGAGAGAAGAAUGUGAGUUUGCCACAGGUUUUUAUAAGGGGGAAUUAUGUUGGUGGUGCUGAGGUGAUUAAGCUAACGUUUGAGACCGGGGAGUUGGCUAAAGUUCUUGACGGGUUUCCUAGAAGAGAGCCUGGUUUUGUUUGUGAAAUGUGUGGGGAUGUGAGGUUUGCUCCAUGUGGAAAUUGUAGUGGAAGUAGGAAGGUGUUUGAUGAGGAUGAAGGGGUGCCUAAGCGAUGCUUGGAAUGCAACGAGAAUGGUUUGAUUCGGUGCACAAAUUGCUGUUCGUGACUUCCCGAUAUGGUGCGUGUCUUUUUAGUUGAUUUCUUGUUGUAUGUAUGAAUGUGGAUAUUGUAUUGAGAGUUGAAUUCAAAUACUUUUUGGAUUUAAGGGCAUGGCACAUAGGCAUGUGGUUUUUUUCUUUCUCAUUUUCCUGUCUCGUUAUCAUAGGUCAGGGGAUCGAUGAUCUUUGUUCUUUAAAGAGUGUCAUGAGAAAUUACAGUCUGUGGUCUCAAAGCACCAAUACGGGGUUUGGUGUUUUGCUAGUAUAUUAUACAAAGGAGAGUGUAUCUCCUUUAUGGCAAUGUAAAUAUUUAGUACUAAUGUAAUGAAAAACAAAAGUUUCGAAUGUGCAAA